AUGGAAGUUCUAUCUCGUAUUUCAAUGGAUGGGACUUUCGACCAAGAGCUUCCCUUGCUGAAAUUGAGAAGAGAAAAGAAGAAUGAAUGUUAUUCCUUUGACUUGAAAUCGGCAAUGGACCGUUGGCCAUUGAGUGUUAUGUAUUCCCUUAUGUCUUGUAUGUUUGGGUCUACAUUUGCAUCUUCAAUAAUCAACAGCUCUUCGGGUCUCAAUACCUUUAUGGUUGGGAAACCAAUCACUAAAAGAAUGUAUGAGAUUGCAUUUCUUUAUGGUCAGCCAUUAGGUUACUACGGAUCAUGGUCUCUCUUUUCGUUGUCCCAUUACUAUAUAGUGUGGUUAGCGGAGAAGAAAGCAUACCCGCAUCUUAAUCAUCCAUUUAAGGACUACGCUUUGUUAGGUGAUGAUAUCCUAAUCACUGAUAAACAAGUGGCCCUGCAGUACAGAAAAUUACUGGAUCGUCUCGGCGUUACUAUUUCUGAUGCUAAGUCUAUCGUAUCAAACACUGGUGCCAUUGAGUUUGACAAGAAGUUUUGGGUUAAAUCGAUGCAAAUUGAUUUAUCUCUAAUAUCUUUAAGGUUAUUAUUGUCCUGUAAGACAACUCUUGGACUUUGCACUAUGUCGAAUAAGUAUCCGAUAGGAAUAUCGGUUUUACAAAGAAUAGGCGGUGCUGGUUUUAGAGUUCGUUCAUGUCUUUAUUCUACCCAAUCUAAAAGAUGGGAAAGAUUGAAGGCGGCUGCACAAAAGCCAAACCGGUCACAUCCACUACCUCUAGAAUAUUGGAUUAGAAGAGGGAAGCCUCUCAAUCCUUAUCUAAAGGGGAAGAUAGUGGAUUUUCUCCGAAAGGAAUUAAAACCUAAGGAGAUACAUCUCUUCCCUGAAGAGAUGGUGUUCAAUAAAGAAAGGGAUAUCUUAGAGCACACUUAA